AUGAGCAGCUCGCUCAAGACAGGCCGAUGGUGGCGAAGCAAUGCCUCCCCUAAGAAUACCCCUCCCGGUACCGACGACCUUCCGUACAGGUUCUGGGUUCAUAACAAGUUGCCGAGAGCUUGGAGCAAGAGCUCACGGCGCCUCGAAGAGCACUCUACAAGUGUCGCUGCUGUCUGCCACUCCAGCGACGACUCUAAAGACCAUGGUGAAUCGAGCGAGAGCACCUUAAGCAGCGGCGGACCAAGCCAAGGACCAAAUGAGGAUACGGACGUCUCAGCUGUCGACCGACCGACCCAUUUGCUUACAGAUCCCGAACUUGUCGAUCUGCUGCUACAAAAGAAGCUACGGAGCCAUGCCCUAGAGGAGGUUUUGAAGGACAAGACGAAAGCCGUCAGAAUCCGGAGGGCGGCGAUCUCUCGCAUGACAAACACCACGUUGGCCGACUCGAAGUUGCCCUACGAGAAUUUUGACUACGAUCGGGUCCACGGUGUUUGCUGCGAGAAUGUCAUCGGAUACAUGCCUCUUCCCGUAGGCGUUGCUGGACCUCUGACGAUUGACGGCCGAAGCUACUACCUGCCUAUGGCGACGACUGAAGGUGCACUUGUCGCUAGCACUAGCAGAGGCUGCAAAGCCAUCGAUGCGAGCGGAGGUGUCACAACGGCACUGCUUGAGGACGGUAUUACUCGCGGCCCGUGUGUUGCGUUCAAGUCUUUGUCUCGAGCAGCAGCGGCAAGAGACUGGCUGCAUAGUCCGGAUGGACAGAACAAGAUCCGCAUUGCAUUCGACUCGACUUCUCGCUUUCUGGGGUUUAGCCAUUUAAGCUCGACUAUUGCAGGAACCAACCUCUACCUUCGCUUCCGUGCAAGCACCGGAGACGCAAUGGGCAUGAACAUGAUCUCCAAGGGGGUUGAGAAUGCACUUCGUGCAAUGAAACAGCAUGGCUUCCAGGAUAUGACGAUCAUCUCAAUAUCAGGCAACUAUUGCACCGACAAGAAAGCGGCUGCGAUCAAUUGGCUCAAUGGAAGGGGUAAGAGUACUGUUGCUGAGGCCGUUGUCUCGAAAGCAGUUGUCAACUCAAUCCUCAAGACGGAUGUCGAUUCUCUGGUAGAACUGAAUAUCUCCAAGAACUUGGUUGGUAGUGCGAUGGCCGGAAGCAUAGGUGGGUUUAACGCCCACGCUGCGAAUAUCACAACUGCAAUGUUCCUUGCGACCGGCCAGGAUCCAGCCCAAGUGGAGAGUGGACACUGCAUCACACUCAUGAAGAAGGUUGGCGGCGACCUCCACAUUUCUGUUACUACUCCUUGCAUUGAGGUCGGAACUGUUGGCGGAGGAACUAAUCUGGAGCCGCAGGCUGCUAUGCUCGAUUUGCUAGAUGUUCGUGGUCCGCACACAGUCAGUCCGGGCGAAAAUGCUCGUCAGCUUGCACGUAUCGUGAGUGCCGGCAUCCUGGCGGGUGAAUUGUCGCUGUGUGCCGCUUUAGCUGCAGGCCACCUGGUAGAAGCACACAUGCAUCACAACCGGGAACAGCAGAAUAUAGCAUUGUAA